AUGGCGAGCCCGCGUGUCGCACCCGCUGCGCUGCACUCGUCGUCGCCCAAGGCUGCUGCCGCCUCGGCGCACAGCGUCUUCCCCUCGCCGACGUACUCCGACUCGACGCUCUCGUCGGGCGCCGGCUCGCACCUCUGCACGCCCGAGAGCGCCGUCUCGGGCCUGCCGGUGGCGCUGCGCAAGGAGAGCCUCACCGCCGCCAACGCCCGCUUCCUCGGCGGCGACUUCAUGAGCCUUACACACGACGGCAGCGCCGAGCACGACACGUCGCGCUCGUCGCAGGACAGCCCGCACUCGAGCCUCGCCGCGGCGCUCGACUUCGGCAUGGCCAGCGCCAUGGCGAGCCCCAACUCGUUCCUCGGCAAGCGCUCGCUGCACCUGCGCAACAACUCGGCCUCGCGCCGCCACAGCGUGCAGCCGCUCGUGCCGCCGCCGCAACACGGCGAGCUCGACGUCCUCUCCGGCGACGACGACUCGUUUGACUUCUCGCAGCUCAGCAACGGGCCGCCGGGCGCUGCCGACUUUCUCCUCUCGCCGCCGCGCCUCACCGUCAGCCUCUCGUCGCAGGGCAGCACACCCACACCCGCCGAUGCCGAGGACACCAAGCGCCGGCGGACAAGCGUGGCGCCGACGGAGACGCCGCAGCGCGUCGCGCAGAACCUCGUGCAGCAGACGCCGCCCAACUCGUGGCACACGAUGCAGCAGCACGCCGCCAGCGUCGUCAGCUCGGCGGCGUCGAGCCGCGUGAUGCAGACGCCGUACUCGUCGGCCUCGUCGUCAACGCUGCCCGAGAGCAUCCACGACAGCGGCUCGUCGAGCGGCAGCAUGGACCGCCAGCGCCGCCGCUCCAUCGCCGGCGACUGCACGAGCGAGAUCGCCGGCCUCACCGCCGGACUCACCGUGCCGUCGGGCGGGCGCGAGGGUCUCGACGGCCUGCCCGAGCCGCCGCGCAGCGCACCGCCGGUGGCCUCCGAGUCGGCCAUGCAGGAGGCGCAGAACAAGGCGAUGAUCAGCAAGGCCAUGGAGAAGGCCGACCUCAAGAGCAAGGGCCCCGACGUGUGGCCCGACGACGUCGAGGUCGCCUUCUGGGAGGCGCUGCGCCUCAUCCCCAAGCUCGGCCGGCGCAAGGUGCUGGUGCACGGCAAGCCGUGCGGCCGCAACGAGCUCAUCGCCGACUACAUUGAGCGCAAGACGAACAAGACGCGGACACGCAAGCAGGUCUCGAGCCACAUCCAGGUGCUCAAGAACAUCAAGAAGGGCGACCCCGAGUUCCAGCAGCUCAUCGCCGAGCCGACGACGGAGGAGGACUUCUACAUUCCCGCCGGCGGCAUGAUGUACGCCCAGACGCUCGCCGGCUACGGCUACGGCGGCCUCGGCGGCCCGCACCCGCUGCUCGCCGACGGCAACGCCGGCCUGCUCUCGCCGUACACGCCCAACAUGGGCGGCCAGCACCUGGCGCUGCACAGCCCCAUGUCCUCGCUCAACCCGUCGCCCGCCUUCUCGACGCAGGGCCUGCCCGACGUCAACGGCCUCAUGCCGCCGCCGCACUCGGCCACCGGCCUCUCGUCGGCGCUCAACGCACUGCACUUCCCGGCGCCGCACGACCCCAAGGCGGCGACGACGUCGUGCCCAAUCCUGCCGGCGAGCUUCUCGAUGUGGGUGCACUGCUCGGCCAGCGAGGACAAGCACGUCUACACGAACCUCGACCGCAAGUCGAUGGCCUCGUGCUCGCAGAGCAACGCCACGCUGCCGCGCCUGCCGCUCGACUCGGUGCGCAUCGGCGCCUUCCGCUUCCCGCGCCUGGCCGAGAUGUACCACCACCUGCCGUGCCAGUUCCUCUACGUGCAUGUGCCCAUGAGCAUCCCGCGCGCCGACGUGCUGCUGCCGCGCUACGACCACUUCAGCACGCAGCUCGCCCUCACGAGCCUGCAGGAGUCGCGCCUCACCAGUGUCACCACGGUGUACUCGCACGGCAAGCGGGUCCUCUCGCUCGUCGAGCCGCUCGACGCCCCGCGCCGCAUCUCGGGCAAGCCCACGGCCGCCUCGGGCAACGGCAACGGCGCCUCGGCCGCCGAGCCCACGCCGGACACGGGCAAGAGCAGCAGCAGCAGCGGCGAGUCGUCGCCGCCGUCGUCGAUGCCCGCGACGCCCGGAGACGCCUUCACCGCCAGCGACAGCGCCGCCACGGCCGCGAACCGCCACCGCUUCUGGCACCAGGCGCCCUUUGCGACCGACUUCUGGGCCGACUUCCUCUCGCGCAACCACCCGGUCAACGUGUACACGCAGCGCGACAGCAGCCAGUCGUUCGGCAAGGAGCCCAGCGAGCGUGCGGCGCUCGGCAUGGCCGUCUCGGGCGUCACCAUCAUCCAGGAGUUUGUCGUCACUUCCGAGGACAACGCCGCGGCCGCGAGCCGCAGCACGGGCCCCGACGACAUGUCCUCGGCGGCCGUCGCCGCCGCUGGCGGUGCCGACGGCCUCAACGGCGGCCUCAAUGCCCCGCUCGUGGGCGGCCCCGGCGCACACCUGCUCAACGACACGAGCGGCUCGCACAUCAGCCCGGGCUCCAAGGUCGGCGACGUCGUGCUUGUCAUCGCCUGGGACCUCGAGUGCGUCGAGAGCCUCGGCGGCCGCCCCGGCACGCCGACCGUCUCGAUGCUCACGGCACCGCGCAUGUCGCCGUCGCCGAUGGGCCGCUACGUCGCGCUGCCGUCGCCGCAGGGCCAGCCCAUGGGCCCACAGCACCUCACGCCCGUCGACCACCGGCCGACGACGCCGCUGGCCCCGCCGCAGCUCACGCACACGGCUGCCUCGCCCAUGCAGCCGGCCGGCUUCCAGCACCACCCGCAGCAGUUCUCGCUGCAGCAGCAGCACCAGCAGCAGCAGAUGGCUAUGCACCAGCACCACCAGCAGCAGCAGCAGAUGCUGCGCAACCAGCAACAGUUCGAGUCGCAGGGUCCGACGCUGCUGCGCAAGCGCGGCUUCUCGGUCAACAAGCCGAACCUGAUGGUCUCGAUCCCGCCGGUGCCCUCGUACCUCAACGGCGGCAUGGGCCGCUCGAUGAGCCAGCAGCAGCUGUCCUCGAGCCCGGCGCUCUCGACGCACAACGCUGCCGCCUGGGGUGCCAUGCAGCAGCGCGGCAUGAUGACGCCCGUCACGCCCUUCCCGCAACUGGCGCCCGCGCUGCACGAGCCGCCGCCGAUCCCGGGCCACGACGAGACCAAGGCGCACCGCGAGCGUCUCGCCCGCGCAUGGGCGGCGCAGUCGGGCAUGGGCAGCGAGCUCAACUCGCCGCUCGACCUCUCGUUCGGCCACAGCCUGCCGCAGCAGUCGAUGUUCAACACGGACGUCUUCGGCCCCGCGCCCUCGCCGCAACAGCAGCAGCAGCUCCUGUCUGCCCAGCAGUCGCAGCAGGCACCGCCGUCGCAGUCGCUCGGCCUUGACCUCGGCGGCAUGCCUGGCUUCGAAGGCGGCGCCAUCGGCCUGCACUUUGACCAGAGCAGCGGCGACCUCGACGCCAUGCUCGCACAGGUCGGCGGCGGCGCCAACGGCACGGCCCAGGACGCCCUGGCCGCGCAGGACUACAUCGACUCGCUCCUCUCCUCCAUGGGUGGCAACACGUCGUUCUAG